GUGCUUUGGCUUGAAUUCCCCAAACUUCCACUUUCUAGAUGAAAAGGCAUCUGUUCUGCUCCUUAAAUCCAAACACAUUCUUCCAACACUGUGAAGAAGCAGCCGACUUCAGUCCUUUGACCAACUAGCUCCUAAGCUGCUGUGUGAACCGCUUCACCCGUUAGGCAUCUCAGACAUGCAUGAAGACGAGGUAUACACCUCUCUUCAGUGGAAUGACCCGCCAUCAAACUCUUCCCAGAAAUGCGGGUGUUUCCGCACCUGUUCAGGAGCAUGGCAUGUUGUAAUGGUGAUUUUGUGUAUUUCCUGCAUGGGAUUAUUAGCAACAUCCAUCUUCUUGGGCGUCAAAUUGUUCCAGGUAUCCAGCAUGGCUAUGAAGCAGCAAGAAAAACUCAACCAGCAGGACAAAGCCCUGUUAAACUUCACUCGGUGGCAAAGGAACUAUGUGCUUCAGACACGACAUUGCCAGCCUUCGAUGGCAACCUUUUCCAGCCCAGAUCAUUAUUGCAGACCUUGUCCAGACAACUGGAUUCAGAAUGGAGAAAGCUGUUACUAUGUCUCUGAUAAGUGGCAAACUUGGGAUGCUGGUAAAGAGGCUUGUCUGAAGGAAUGUUCCAGGCUCCUGCAGAUAGACAGCCAAGAAGAGAGGGAUUUUAUCAUCAGCAGCUUGAGGAAGAUCAAAAAGGACUAUGAUUACUGGGUGGGCCUGUCAAGGGAUGAACUCAACAGAACUUGGCUUUGGCAGGAUGGCUCCUCACCUUUCCCUGAUCUGUUGCCAGGAGAGACAUCCCAAUCAACCAGUCAGGUCUGUGGAUACCUCAGAAAUAAAUCUCUUUUUUCAGCAAACUGCAGCAAUUGGAAAUUUUUUAUCUGUGAGAAGUACGCAUUAAGAUCCUCCAUCUGAAAGAAGUGGUACUUAAAAUGACUUCUCUGUUUUAUAUUGAACCAGCCGUGGAAGAACCUGUUAUCAAAAUCUAAGAGCGAAUAGAGAAGUGAGACCAGCUACCUGGGACCCAACAUUUGCUCUUGCAUUUGCACUUGGUGGUGUUCGUCAGUACCUUCCAGAUUUCAUUUGACAGUAUUUCAAUUACCAAGGAUAAAAUUAAGACAGAGCUAUGG